AUGGAUAUUGGAAUUGGAGCUUUUAAGUUUUAAACUCUAAUAAAUACUGAAAUGAAAAUAACUAAAGAUCCAGAACAUAAAACUAGAAUAAGAUCUCAGUCUCGAAAAUCUAUAUAGGAAAAAUGCAAGUUUUAAUUCUAAAAUUAAAAGAAAAAGUUUAUACACAAAUAGUAAGAAAACGAUGAGAAAGAAAAGUUCUAAACAGAAUUUUAGGAGGAAGAAAGUUCUUCUAGUUUAUUAGAAGAUUUUUAAUUGUUAGAGCAUAAAAAAAAAAAAGAUCAUGAUUUUAUUCUUUAAGUUUCUGAUCCUAGUAGUUCAGAAAGUUAUGACUCAGAAUUAGGUUAUGAUUAAGCAUCAGAAAAAAUUCGAAAUCAUUCCAAUUUUUAUGAAGAAGAAAAUAUGUAAGCUAGCUAAAAUCUCAAAAAUUUAACUUUAACUAAUCAUUUAAGUUUAUAAUCAUAAAAUACUUUAUAAUUAGUUAGUAAUAAUAAAUCAUAAAAGUAAUCAAUAGUUACAAAAAAAUAAAAAAUUCUAAAAGCAUUUAGACCAGCUUUAAUAAAAAAAGAUAUUCAACUUUUAAGAGGAUUAAAAUAAAAUUAAGAGUUUAUAAAUAAUGAAUUAGCUACAUUAGAAGAGUAUAAAAUUGAUAGAGAAAUUGUUGUGGAUAUGGAUUGUUCAGAUAUUUAAACUUUUAUGAGAUUAUAAAAUGAAGUAGAAGAAAUGAGAAGAAAAUAAAUGGAUUUCAAUUAAUAAAAAGAAAGACAUUAUGAAAUAGUAAAGAGUCGACCAAAUAAAUAAUAAACUAAAUUAACUAUAAAAUCAGAUGACAAUAAACUAUGGACUGUAAUGAUGGCUAAGAAAUUUAUUAAAAAUAUGAAACUAAAGAAAGAUAAUGAAUCAUAAACCAAAAUUCUCUCUUAACAAUUUAUACGAAAAAGUUCUAGAGGUUCGUAAAUAAAAUAGAUCUCGUGA